GUAGAACGUGGCAGGCAAUAAAGAUCAAACCAGCAUUGCUGUAAGGGAGUUAAACGACAUAACGUUUUGUUGUUUUACAGUCACUAUAUAUCACUUGCUACUUUCUAGAAAAUUGACAAGUUUAAAUUUCUCCUUCUCCACCGCCACCACUGGUUCUAUCUGUGUUUUUUCUUCUUGAUGUCAGCAACGGAGCAGCAGCAGCCUAGGAUUAUGAAAAACCAAAAUUAGCAAGUCUUCAGCAGUAAGGGAGCUUUCGACUUCAUCGAUGGUCACGAAGACCCUUAUUAGAACCACACUCAGUCGGUUCAUGUCACCCACAAAACUAAUCCCCGCUCAUCCAUAUGCAAGGACGCGGUUCCUGUCCACAAAACCCAACUUCCUAAAUCAAUCACAGUAUAGGAAACAUAUUUCCCUUGCCAAUAUCUUCCAAAGGUAUGGUUUCCCUCCAUCCCAACUCCACAGUUUCAUCAGUGCAAAUCACUUUCUUUUGAAUUCCAAUUUACAUGAUAUUGAGAAGUCAUUGGGCAUUCUGCUAUCCUUCAAAAUCCCACAGAAAGUUCUUGUUUCUUUAAUUACUGAAUGUCCUAGUAUUUUGGAUUUUGAAUUUUUGAAGACAUGGAAAAUAUGUUUUUCAAAAUAUCGGGAUUUAAGCAUUUCCCCAUUGGUGAUAAAGAGUGUUCUGGCACAUUCUAAAAGGUUCCAGAUUGAUCCCGAUGAGUUUGAGAAAAACGCAAAUGUUUUAAAGGGUUUAAGUUUUAGUCAAGGCACUAUAAGGAGAGUGUUAGAGGAUUUUCCUGGAGUCAUUACAAUGAAAAGAAGUGAAAUAUAUAGCAGAAUUGAAUUUUUAAUGCGAACUGGGAUUCCAAAGGAUGAGGUUGAGUCGAUUUUUAGUUCAUUUCCUCUGGCUCUAGGAUUUGGGAUAAAAAAUAGGCUGAUGCCAUUGAUUGAUGAAUUUGAGGGUUUGGGUUUUAGCAGAGAGCUGGUUAUAAAAGAGAUCAAGAAGGAGCCACAAAUCCUUGGCAUGGAAUUAGGUGAACUUUCAAGGUGUCUAGAUUUACUUAAUUCUUUAAAAUGUCGAGAACCUAUCAAAUUAAAGAUUUUGAGUGAUGGAGCAUUUAGGGCUGGGUUUGAAGUAAAACUAAAAGUUGAUUACCUAUGCAAACAUGGGUUGAUUCGUAGAGAAGCAUUUAAGGUUCUCUGGAAAGAACCAAGGGUUAUUAUUUAUGAUUUAGAGGACAUAGAGAAGAAGAUUCAGUUUUUAGUGAACACAAUGAGAUUUAAUGUUGGUUGUUUGGUUGAUGUUCCAGAGUAUUUGGGUGUAAGUUUUGAGAAACAGAUUGUUCCUCGCUAUAAUGUAAUUGAAUAUUUGCGUGCAAGGGGUGGACUUGGCGAUGAGGUAGGACUGAAAGGCAUGAUGAAGUUGAGUAGGCUUAAAUUCUACAAUUUAUAUGUCAAGCCAUAUCCAGAGUGUGGAAAAAUGUUUGGAAGGCUUUCAGGCGAUGUUCAGGUUAAAAGACAGCAUCCAGUUGGACUAUGGAAAAUGUUUAAACCUCAAAUGCAUCCAGAUUCAAAAGAAGAUGUAAAAAAUAUGAAGUCCUUCAUGGAAGACCUAGUUUAGCAGAGACAAUUGAACCUAAAGACUCUUCAUUAUUGCAGUUGAAAUGAUCAUUCAUGGGCUUCUUUCUCUUCCAAUACUCGAUGUGGUCCACUUAUAACAGCUAUUCUUCCUAUAUAUGGAAAACAAGAUACUUACUGGUGCAAAAUUCUUCUCAUUUUGUCAAAUAUAUUGGACCAGCUGUGGAAAUUGAUUUUAAGAAUUCCUGCAGAGGUGAAAUUGGUGUUUGUUGGUCUGAACCAUUGUUGUCAUGAGAUCUUGGCAGUUGUCCAAGUGCUGGCAGCUUUUUGGAUAGCAGGUUACAAUAACUUCGCUUCAAGGGACUAUAUGAAGUUGUGAACAACAAGGUAAACUAAGGGAGUCUCUGGUUCCUUUUUCUGUUGUCUGUUUUUGGUCACCACUUAAAAAUUCAAAAAGAAACAGAAAAUAACAUAAUAAUACAUUAAUCUUUAUUGUCAGUUUUUUAUCAUUCACAAUAUUCAUAGGGAAAUUUGUUGUUUCCCCACCUUCAGAGAUUUGAGUUCUGUCUAUUGACCUCAACAAGAAAACCCAAACUUAAAACUCCAAAAGAGGCAGCUUCUCCUUCUCUGUUUUGCUAUCUCCAUCUGUAUUUUUAUGUGUGUACUGAACUGAUCUUCCACUUCCUAAUUCUUACUGCUUUCCCUUUCUCUCUUUGCCGUUUGUGUAUAAAAAACUUUACUGGCUUUCAGGGACUCCAUUUAUUAUCAUCUCUAAUUUCCUUUUUAUUUUCCUGCUCAAUUUCCAUCUCCAAGCCUUAAUCCUCUGGUAGAGACAUUCACAAACUGUCAUAUGUUUUGUCCAAGCCUCAUGCCACUUUGCUUCUCUUUUUUUCCUAUCCUAAAUUUCUCCUCCGGUAUCUUGAGAUAUGUCAAGUUUGUCUUAAUCUUUGAUAUUCUUUUUGUGACUUAUGUUGAAUGUAAUGUGGAUAGUUGUAUCGCGUGAUUUGGAAAUUGGAUUGAUAUAUUCCUUUGGAUUAGCAAAAUAUAUAUUGCAUCAACAAACUGAUGUCUUUUUUUUUUUUUAAACAUUUGCUAGGAAAAUUUUCUAUAUUUUCCUGCUAAAUGAAGUGUGUUUUCCAUAGAUUUGUUUUUUCUGGGUGCCUGUUUGUUACAUGUGAAAAUCAAUAGCGAUUAUGUUUCCCUACUUUGCUUUGGCAAAUUAUAGCUUGUCUUGUAGUGGAUGCUAGAUUUUUAUAUGGAGUCGCAUUCACAUAUUUUGAAUUCAGAAAAAUCAUUUUGUUGUGGUUGUUUAGUCACAUGGAUUAAGGUUCAAAAGGUGCCUCUUCACAUUUAGCUCUUAACUUAUAAUAGGCAACGGGGCAGUACUCAUCAUCUUCAGAAUAAUAUUCUUCUUGUUAUUUACUCCUCUGUUAACUCGUGUGCAUGCCUAACUUAUUCCAUAUAUCUAAGAAUUAGGUAGUGAAGUUUAUCAACUCUUGGAUACUUUGGAGCAGUGUUGAAGCUAUGUCUGGCCAUAGUCUAGGAGUUUCAACAAGAUAAAUGCCGCUCAGCAUCUUUCCUAGUUAUCAUCUGCAUUUUCUGAAAACAGUUCGUGGCAAGGAAUUCAUUAGAACUGAGCCUUCAAAUUGCAUUUGCACUUGUUUAUUGAGAUCAAAUUUCACAGAAACCCUAAAUGCAGCAUUCAUGAGUAAAUCAGAGGCCUGAAAGCAGAUGACUAACCCCAAAGGAGACUUAUUUCCCAACUUUGGCAUGGAUGGUGUCCUAUCCAAAAGCUGAAAAACCCGCCUGCUGGCUCCUGCAGCUCUCAUUGCUGUAGCAUACAAUCCUGAGAGCCCAGAUAUAGAGGCUCCAACUGCGAGUAGAAACAGGCCACUUGCAUACAAAACAAAGAAGAAGAAGAAAAUAUCUAUCUGAAGUAGCUAAAAGUAUGCAUUCAACAAAGAGGUAAUUACCUGUGAGGCUGUAGAGGAUGAAGGAUGUAAGAGCACCGGUUGUCAUAGAACCUGUUAUUGUCAAAUUAGCUCCAUAAAUCACUACUACAAUAAUCGACAACGUUGAUGCUGCGUUUAGGCAUCCAGAGAAGAGCCCAACCACUUUCUGAAGUAGCAAACAGCUGAGAUUAAGAGACGCAAACAGAGUGCAGGGCAGGUUUCCAUCUUUACUUUGUGCUCAUCUAUUGGGUGGGGCGGGACGGGAUGAAGGGAAGUCGAGGUCAAAUAAUAAAAUGGAACUCACAGCUUGCUUGAGUCCAAGCAUCAAUGUCUCUUCAACUUUCUCGGGAUAGCGUGAUAUCUCGUACUCUUCUUUCGCAAAAGAUCUGACCACCCGUAUAGCACCAAAAGAUUCCUAAGCACCAAAUAGACAGUUCACAUGUAUUUCAACAUUUGAUUCGAAUGAGUAAUGCUUUCUAAAGAAUGUUUAUGACCA